AAUGGCGGAUGAUGCGGCAGGAUCCCCUUGUGACGAUUUUACACCGCAUGCUUUUAAAAAGGAUUUAUGCGCGAAUUGUAAAAGAACCCAGUCUGUCCAUGAUUCUGACUCACCUGUUCGAACGUCGCAAUUGUCAUCAUUCUGUACAGAAGAUGAAAGAAGGAAUAAAAGACAAAUUUUUCAAAGAGCAGCAACCGUUGAUCAUGCGGCAACUUCUAGCUUUAGGCCCACUUUAAGAAGUUCGGCUAGCAUCGAGGGAAAACACGUUGGAUUCGCAGAAGAUGCUGUUGUUAUAAGUACAGAUGGUGGUGUAGGCUCUACAGAAAAUAUUGGGAUAGAGGGAAUUCCAGAAGACGAAGAUACAUCUGAUGAUUUAAGGGCAGCCAUCUCUUCAGAUGAUCAACUUGCAAUAGAAACUGUAAAAAAUACUAGGAGAAACUCAACUACCCUACCCCAGGGCUCUCUGCCUCCGGAAGACGAAGUGGAGGAAAUGUAUAAGCCGAGCAGGUUUCGUAAAGUGUCAAGUGGUAGGAAAAGUCCACCGCCUCGAGUGUUAGCAGAAGACGUUCCAAGGGAUAGUGUUGGCGCUCCUUCACCUCACUAUUAUCAUAAGUACGAUAUUGAUAGGAGAGGACUCUCUGGAUGUCCAAUACCUAUUCAGAAUGCGGCACCUAAAGAAGAAGAUCCAGCAGACAAUUAUCAUUUAUACGAAGAUGUUGAUACAGGCGAAAGUUCAUUCGAACUAAACAAGAAAGCCCAUUUUGAAGCCAAGAAGAAAGCAAUAGCUGAAGAAGUUCGUGUCUGGAAGACAUUCGAUGAGAGAUUCUCCGAUAGAAGCUCUUCACCUGAUUCUAGACAAAAGAAACAGAGUGGAGGAAAUUCUUUUUUUAAAAGACUUUUUAGGAGAGGAAGCGACAAAGGUGAAGAAAUUGAGAAGAAAAUUCCAGAGAAGUCUGACGUUAUAAUGACAAAGCCUAGUUCUCCUCUUUUGAGAAAAGCUCAAUUUACUUUAAAACAAGACGAUUUUUUGCCAUCGAAAUCAGCAAACUCUUCACCUAUUAUUUUGUGUAAGAAACCUUCUGAAACCGAUUCGGGUAGGAGUAGCACCGUAAAUAGCACUAGUAGUUCUUCCGACAUACCGACUUUAGACGACAGUUAUAAAGAAGAGGAACUUUCCUUGAUGGACCAAAUAUUGGAAGAAGUUCCAUUAGCAUCCGACUCUCUUAUGAAAUCUCCAAAGACAAAAAAGAAAUCUAUUUCAAUAGUACCAGAGACAACCACUAUGGCACUGACAGUCGACACAGCUCCGCAACCUUCACCUAGAUCAAGCAUUUCUCCUAAAAGCCCUGACGAUGCACCUUUAAUGCAAGCUCCAAGAAAACCGAGACCUCGCUCGGAAGUUUCAGUUGGACGAGGGACCAAACCUAGAGUGAGAAUGAAUGAGGCUCCACCGCCACCCCCACCUGGUACAAGAAGAUCGUCUAGUGAUUUGAAAAGACCUAGUUCUCCGCCCCCAUUGCCUCCUGACAGUGGUGUAAUUUCAUCGUCUAUUCACGCAACUUUACCCAGAAGUUCUGCAGCGAGGAUAGCAAGACAAAGAGAAAGAAACAGAGGUCCAUCUCUAAAAAUAACCGAUUGGAAGGAAGCUGAAAGUGUUGUUAGGAAUACCCGAUCUAGAACAGAGCCAAGAAAUUCUAGAAGAACUGUAACCGAAGGUGUAAAACUCGAUUUAGAUUUAGCAGGCUCUGGUGAGUUAAAAGGAAAUAUUUUAAGUUUAUAUUUUGUAUAUGAAACUGUUAAUUUCUCCCAUCUUUCCCUUAUUCUACUCUUUCAUUUUUUUUCUCUUCCUAUCGUUGUAGUCCAUGCAUGUGAAAAUGUUGGAUAUAGCCAAAAAGAUCAACGAAAAUCCUGGUUCUUACAUAAUUUUUCAGCAGUAGAAACUGAAAUGAGAUCGCAUAGAGUAACAGAAUUGUUAGACACUUUUCCAAAGACUAGAAAGUUUGCCGAUAGAGCCUUACCUUCACCUCCAGUACAAGAAGCUCCGCCUCUCCUACCACCAUCCGAAGAUGUUUACGAAACUGUUGGGGAAGAGUUAAAUUCCUUUCAACUGCCUUACGAAGAUAUUGAUCAAUCGAAUUGCUAUAUGAGACCCUCGUCAGCCUAUCUAGAACCUUCGAGCUGUUUAGAAAUGAAUCCAGAUUGUCCCCCUCCAAAAACGGGCAUAUCUUCUUACAUAUCCAUGCCAUUUUCUAUAAGAGAUUGCGUACCAGAAGUGAAUGUUGCAACUACUAAUUUUUCGACGGACGUUAUUGAAAUUCAGAGCAAAGCCAUUCGUAGUUUAUGCAAAAUUGAGUUUGUUAGAAAGUUAAAGUCUCAUUUUCCUGAAUCUUAUACGGAUUAUUUCGUUGAGGAUAAUGCUAUUUUAACUAUGGAUGAUAUAGUUUUCAUGAAAGCUAAACCUUUACUCGGAAAUGAUUCUGUAGUGUUAAUGGUGUCAAAGACCCAACUAACAACAUGUCACAAUAAGCAUCCUCAUGUCUUAAAUCCGGAAAAGAGUUUCAAGUCGAACCUACCUAAAGAUCAGCUUCCUUUGGAAUUUUUAGAUAAUCCAUUAGAAAAAGAUGUUUCUACCUAUAUAUCAGUUUUAAACUGCGAAAACGUUCAAACAAUCAGAGAUGUCGUUUAUGCAUUGUACAUUGAUGUUGAUCCUUCCGAGUAUGGUAGGGAGUGUGCUAAGCUUAUGGAACAAGUAUUGUCCGGGGCCAUUUGCCUGAAGAGUUUCGGUUUAGAGCCGAGAUUGGAUUAUGCAAACAUCCUUGUUUCUGCAAUAUCUGGUCAGAAAUAUGCCAUAGUCAUACCUUCAGAUAAUCCGAAAGAUUCUUCAGAAAUUAUAGACCUUUUUGAGCGUCUUAUACCAUCUUCUGCCCGACCGAAAGCCCUUAAAGAUGCUCUCAAAGAAAAAGACUAUAGAACGGCUCAUAUUUUACUCUGUGUCAUGCUCUGGGGACCAACAGAUCAGAUGGCAGUUCAAACGGACGAAUUCGCCGAAAAGUGGAUUGUUUUACAAAAAACCCAUUUACUAGCUCUAACGGCAACGAGAGAAAUAAGUAAAUUAGAAGCAAAUAGAAGGGCAAAUUUUUUAAAUAAUCUUACUGUCAAUCUAUUGCAACAAUGUUUACGAAGAUUAAGCCAAGGGUAG